CCCAAAACAGCGGCCGUGCGUGAGUAAAGUCGAACCUUGAAACCCGGCGCCCCGCGUGACGCACAAACGCGGCAAAAAUGAAGCUAUCUUGUCUUUGUGACGCGCCGCCCGCAGAAACAAUCCCAACGACCUUUUCUUCCCCAAACAACUCUCGGGGCUGUAGAACCAAUGCCGAGACUGGGCGGGAAAGCCAGAAGACGCUUGAAUUGUUCCACUCAUUGGCUGGAGGCAAAGCUGGAAAGGACAGUGGGAAGGCCAAGGCUAAAGCAGUGUCUCGCUCACAGAGAGCUGGGCUGCAGUUUCCUGUGGGCCGCAUCCACAGACACUUGAAGACUCGCACCACAAGCCACGGAAGGGUACUGGAGCUGGCAGGUAACGCUUCCAAGGAUCUCAAAGUGAAGCGCAUCACUCCACGGCACUUACAGCUCGCAAUCCGUGGUGAUGAGGAAUUGGAUUCUCUCAUCAAAGCGACCAUAGCUGGGGGUGGUGUGAUCCCUCACAUCCACAAAUCUCUGAUUGGAAAGAAGGGACAACAGAAAACGGCUUAGAAGACUGUUGUAACCAACCCUCUUCCUCCCCAACAUUGUACUGUAACAGAAGAAAUAAUGGGGAUAUGUGGAAUUUUAAAAACCAGUUAAAUGGAAAAGCAUAGACAAUUACUUGUAGACAUGAUAAAAAGAAACAUUUGUAUGUUCUUAGACUCGAAGUUUGAUAAAAGUACCUUUUCAUGUGGUGACAGUUGUGUGUUGAUUGGCUAGGUCCCUCCCAUGUGUUUUAUACAAAAAUGGAAUUGAUAAACCAUUUUUUACAAAAAUUGAUUUGUCUCAAUUUAUGUUCUGUUUAUAAUAUGCUGAAAAUAUUUCGCUCAGACUUUGACAUGUGUUAAAUCCCAAAUUGGUUAUUCAAAAUAAUAACAGAACUAAAAGGAGAAAUGUAGCUCUCCCUCAACUGAUAGGGUGAUGGAGUGAAUUGUAGGCACCAUUUGCUUCUAGUAGCACCGUUAUUUUAUUGGGUCAUCGGAAAAGCCUUGUUAUAUUUUUUCCUGGAAGGAUGCGUCAUGACUUCUGACGACUUGGUACAUACCACCAGAAAAGAAAAACUGCCAGUGCCAGCCAUGGUGUGCCAUCCGUUGUGAGCCACAUGCCAAGUUCAGAGAUGCUAGAAAACAGCCUAUGCAGGGAUGGCUAAAGUUGUUUGACUCUUUACUGAGCGCUUCCCAUGUGCUAGGUCCUGUGCUGGAUCCUUCAUGAUCAAGACAUUCUGUUACCUGCACAUUAUAGAUGUGGAGCCUCUGACACAGAAAUAAAAGGAUUUGGCAAAAAAUCAUGCAGCUAGUAGACAGAAAGUGACAGCACUAAGAUUCAUACUUCAUUCUGGCUGACACGUACCUGGAUACUUUAAGUUCCUAUAUUUAUAUUGAGUGGUCUUUUAUUGAUAUAGUAACAUUCAGUAAUUAAUACAAUCUUUUAAAAUUAUUUUUCUUUGUUAGUUUCUAAGCAACUUAGAAGAUUUAAGUUAAUGUACUAGUUAAUAGUCCAUCAGAAAAUUCUAUUUUUCUGCCUGGAAGUUAUCAUUAAAGAAGAAGAUAUGUAAUGUUUUAUAGUGGUAAUAUUAUCAAAAGAAAACUCAUUUUAAAACAUUUUAUUAUGGAAAUUCUAAUAAAUACACAAAAAAUAAAGAGCAUAGUAUAAUGAAGCCCCAUGUAGCCAUUCUCCACCUUCAGCUG